UGACAUCUCAUCUACGUAACAUUUGAAUCAACCUAUAUCAAGACGUCUUUCUUAAAUGAAAAACUUUUCAAAAAUACGAACCGUUGGUGACUUAUUUUGCUGUUCUGCCGCUAAAUUGUUGCAUUCUCGCUGACCGGCGGCUGCUGUGACACUUUGUCGUGAUCGUAAACAACUCCAGCGGCGCCACGUCAAACGUCCCACGGUGGCUCCAACAGACAUGGUGACCCCCUCAUAAAAUGAGCAAAAACCUUAAUAUUCCUGCUAAACAGUGAGUUGUUUUAAUUAAAUUAAAUGCACAAAUUCUCUUCGUUCCACUGCUUGCGUCCUUCUAGUUGACUUCUGGUCACGUGUGAGCUAACAUAAAGGUGCGUUUAAAGUAAACGUUUACUUCGCCUGGUAGAACCGGGCGUAUUCCACCACCGUUCUAGUCCUCUAUUUUCACGCAUUUCGUCACUUUAAGUUAAUAUCGCCCACGUAUUGCUAUGUCUCCUCGAUGUUGUGCUUUUGUUAUGUUUUACCCUGAUUUUAUUCCCAAAUUAGUCUCGUGAUACUCCUUAAAAUUGUGUUGAUUCCAGGGAAAUUAACGCCUCUUCUUCCACGGUGCGUCGCGGUUAAUAAAUGAAGCGACUCCUUAUGCUGGCCGAACAAAACCUAACACUAUAACAAAAACCGCCGUAGACACGAAACCGACGCGAUAACAUUCUCGGAAACUAUCACAUUACUUAAUUUUGACUUUUUCAAGUGUAAAUUUAGCUGUUUGGUCAGUGAAAUUGACGUCACAUCGCUUGACUCGAACGUUGCAGGGACGAGCUCAAACUCCGUGUUAGUUUAAUGCAACGCAAAGGCGGAGUGACGCGAGCUAGCCUCGGGAAGCUAAUGUUUGUUAGCUGCGCUGAAAGAAGAAGCAGAGAAAAGGGAGCCGUAGGCUUUCUUCUCCCCCGCACUUCUCAUGGCUGUACGCUGGUUAUGCAGCCUCUUCGGGAAGCCCUUUGACGGAGGCAAGCGGAUGGAGCACGGGGGGCAGCCGCAGCAGCAGCCGCCCAUGGCCACGGAGCACCCGGCCCAGUACCCGCCCCAGCACCCUGCCAUGAUGCGGCUGUACGAGGUCCACCGAGAGGUGACGGCGCUGGGGCCUCAGGUGUGCACCUUCAGUGGUCUGCCUGACGACCGCGACUACAAACGCCUGGAGCGCGAGCUCACGCGCCUCCUUCUGGAUGUGGAUCGCGUGGACACGGAAGGAAAGGCGGAGCUGCAAUGUGCGCGCAAGCGAGCGGCGCAGGAGGUGGAGGGUCUGCUGCGCUACCUGGAGGAGAACGCCCGCCACCCGUCCCGCAGAGCCAUGGAGGAGUUGAGCGAGGAGGCUCGACAGCUGGUCGACGCCCGCGUAGUGGCGCCGCAGCGUCAGGGCGGCGCCGCCGACGUGGACGACGAGCUGCUGGAUGCCCUGCAGCAACUGGUGCUGCGGCUGACCCAGGUGAAGACAGAGGGCCGGGUGCCACUACGAAAGGCGCGUUAUCGGGCGCUGACCCGACUCUGUGCCGUCCAAGACGUCCUGGAGGGCCGCACGCCGCAGCAAACACUCUCGCUACCGCUCUCAAGCGACACGCACGCCGCCGUCGAGAGCAUCAACCAGGUGAUGGCCAAGGUGAGCGUGGCACGCAGCCAGCUGGUGGCACUGCUGAUGGGCCUGAGCGGCCGAGACAGCUGCGCUCACCUGUCGCGGCUGCUGAUGGAGAUGCAGGUGGAGCUGGACGCUCUGGAUGUGUCAGGAAACGCCGCCGUCAGGAACUACCGUAAGCAGGUGGUCGAAGAGAUCAACGGCCUCCUCAAACAUUUGGACCUGGAGGGAGAAGGAGACGACACUCGCAGGUACGACCUGGCCCAGAACGACUCCAUCCGCGAGAUAGAGGCGGUGCGGGCUCACGUGCGGCAGCUACGCGAAGGCGUGCUGCGCCACUGCGCGGCGGGCCAGCCUGGCUUGGGGCCGAAAGCCGAGCUCCAGGGCCUGCUGACCCACCUGGACCAGGUGGACACAGCCAAGAACCCCUGCAUCCGCGAGGCGCGGCGGCGCGCCGUGGUGGAGGUGCAGGCGGUGGUGACCUUCCUGGACCUGCGCGAGGCGCUGGCCUGCCGCCGCCCGGGCCCCGACGAACACCCGGCCCACCGCGCCGUCUGGACGGCGCUGGCCAGCCUGUCGGAGCUGCAGGCCGGGGCGCUGGGCUUCGACGGCAAGCGGGCCGACAAGAGCUACGUGGUUCUGGAGGAGCUGCUGACCAAGCAGCUGCUGGCGCUGGACGCUGUGGACCCCCGCGGUGACGACGGCGCCAAGGUGGCCCGCAAGCAGGCCGUCAAGUUCGCGCAGAACAUUCUCAACUACUUGGACAUGAAGACUGACGAGUGGGAGUACUGAGACCCCAGGACGUAGAAGGAUGAUGGACUUAUUUCCCACCGUGCACUACAGCGACACACCACCGCUUCCUUGCUAACUGGCAAAAUGAGGACAUCUCAAACAUCGUGACCCACAUAACUUGAUGUGUGGAUGUGCGUGUACAAGAAGGUAUGUUGCGUGCGGACAUACGCUUGUACUGAAGAGCUUGUGUGCGUGUAAAAUGUGGGUGUAAACGUGUGCACACAUGUAUAAGUGUUUUAAGAUUUGUAUUAGGGCUGGGCGAUUUUCUUACACCAAAAGUGUUAUUUAGGAUUUUUUUCUAAAGCUCAUUGGCUGCACUAGAGGGCCAAUCCAUUUUGACUGGGCGGGGCAAAUGAACAUUCGUUUAUUCUCAUCUUCCAGUAAAAAUGAGUUGAAGAUGAGCAUUCCCAGUUUAAAUAAAUUUGACGUCAAUCCAGUUUUUAUUCAUUUCAAAUGUUUUUAAUUUUAAAAUAAAUAAAAAUAAUGAUUGAUCGUAGAAAAUAUACUGUAUAUGUGGAACAGUUGUAUGCCAAAUGCUUAUAUAGUGUGGCCUACAUGACUCAAAAUGUGACGUCCACGUGCGUUGCCACUUUUUUUUUUUUGAUCACCAGAAAAUGGUCACUUGCCCUAUAAAGGGUGAAAAAUACGUGCAAAAUGUCUGCCUUAAAUAUCUUUUUCUCUCUACAAAUUUGCGCUGUCAGCCCCCAAAUACAAAGUAAUGACUUCACAAAAAAAACUUUCUUGGAGAAGAUUAUCUAUCUUUUCAGAAACAAAAGAAACUUUAAAAUAUUUAGUGAAUCAUCUGCAAUAUAAAAAAAAAAAAACCUCCAUACCAUCAAUUUAUCGCCCAGGCCUAAUUUAAAUGUGUGUUUACGUGGUGUGCGUGUUUUGUGUCAACUCAUUGCUGCAAUUGACAGUGAUAGCAAACCAGUGUAAAAAAAAAAAAAAAAAAGAAGGAAAGGCAUAACUUGAAAUUUUAGUUAUUUUGAAUGCUUAUUAUAAAACUGCCGUAAGACUGUCAUAAUGAUGACAUGACAUCCGUCGUGAAUAUGAAUGAAUGCCCCUUUUAAUGCAAUGCUGUUAUUGUUUUAAAUGUCCUUGGGUUCGGGUGAGGUCAUUUAAUACCUGUCAUAAGCAUUUAUUCAUGUUCAUGACAAUUGUCAUGAUUAUGACAGUUUUAUAAAAAGCAUUCAAAUAAAUUGCAACCUGAAUUUCAAGUCUACCAAUUCCACUUGAAUUCUGAAUUUUUUUAUGGAAAACAAAAGUUCGAACUCAACAUUUUAAGUAACCUAGACUUCGGUUAAGUAGUUUUUAACUCGAAAUUUUACGCUUACUGUAUUUUUAGACAAAGGCAUGCCUGAAAUCCUCUAAUUUUUUUCCAAAAAUUGACAGUGCACCCAUUGUAUGGGUUCUGGUUGAAGCAUAACUGUAUUAUAUUGCUCUAGUAAAGUGCUCGAGGCGCACAUGCACAAUUCAAAUUGAAAAAAUAACGAUAAUUUUAAAAAUAAUUACAUAGUUAAAAGAUAAAGACUAAAUGAAUAAUGCAAUACAUUGAUGCACUAAGGCGCCUUAUAGUCAGAUGCCGCUUAAGUAUCAAAACAAACUUGUUCAUUGAUAUUCCGCCUCAUAUUCCUAACAAAUAUAACAGGCUGAAACCUGUGCGCACAUGCAACUAGCGCCAACAUAGGCACAAUAAUCAGCCCUGGUCAAUUUUUUUUCUCUCAAAUUCUAAUAUCAGGCUCCACGGAUUGAGUGGUACUGGCCCGUGAUACAGUCAUGUGAAAAAAUUAGGACGCCCCGUUAAACAUUCAAUUCAUUAUUAAGAAAUGUUCACAGAUCAAUGUCUGAUCUUGUUUUUCUUUAUCUCUGGAAAAAGAAGUGAUUUAAUAGCAGGUAAAUGACAAAAGUAACAUUGUUUUACUCAUUAAACCAAAUAUAUCAACAAAAAUGCAUAUUCUAACUGAGGAAAGAGUUAGGACACCCUACCACCCAAUAGCUAUAGUGUAUACCCUUUGGCUGAAAUAACUUCAGUGAGACGCUUUUUGUAGCCAUCUACCAGUCUUUGACAUCGGUCUGAAGAAAGUUUGCCCCACUCCGCAAAGCAGAACACUUUCAGCUGUGGGAUGUUUGAGGGGUUUCUUGCAUGUACAGCCCGUUUCAAGUUACCCCACAGCAUCUCAGUGGGGUUAAGAUCUGGGCUAUGACUCAGCCAUUCCAGGACUCUCCAUUUCUUCCUUUUCAGCCAGUCUUUGGUGGAUUUACUGGUAUGUUCUGGGUCAUUGUCAUGUUUCAGCAGGGUCCAGUUUUGCUCCAGCUUUAAUUUUUUCACAGAUGAUCUCACAUGUUCCUCUAGUACCCUCUGAUGCACGAUAGAAUUCAUGGUGGAUUCUAUGAUGGUGAGCUGGCCAGGUCAUGUUGAAGCAUAGCAUCCCCAAACCAUGACUUCCACCUCCAUCCUUCACAGUUGGUAGGAGGUUCUUUUCCUCGAAUGCCGUAUUGGGUUUAUGCCAAACAUCUCUGUUCUAGUAUUCAAAUAUUUCACUUUUAGGUUGAUCUGUCCAAAGAACAUUCUUACAGAAGUCCUGGUCUUUGGCUACAUUCACUCCGCUGAACUUCAGUCUGGCAUUCAUGUUCUUCUUGAAGAGCAAAGAUUUCCUCCUUGCACACCUCCCAUGAAGUUUAAACUUGGGAUGUCUCUUUCUGAUUGUAGAGACAUGUACUUUAACAUCAACAGUAGCAAGUCAGUCCCAUGAUGACAUUUUAGGGUUUUUGGAGACUUAACAUCUUGCAGUCUGCUCUCUGGGUGAACUUGCUUGGACGGCAAGUUGGCAGUUGAUCUGAAUUUUCUCGACCUGUAGACUAUUUUUCAGACAGUAGAAUGGCUGAUUUUAUAUUCUUUCAAGAUCUUUUGAAAUCCCUUAACGGACUCAUAAGCGUCUACAAUCUUUCUGAAGGCCUCAGAAAUCUCCUUUGACCUCACCAUGGUGUUUUCUCUCACUUCAACAUUCAGGGGCACACCAAACUAAAUGUGAGGUUUAAAUAAGGCAAGCCUCCUUCAAAACACUGGGUAAUUAUGUUCUCCCCACUGUACCUGCUCACCUGAUGUGAUACACCUGUGUGUGAUUUUAGCCAUUUUAAGUGGGAUUGAAUGUGGGGGUGUCCUAAUUUAUUCAACAGAAAUUGCAAUUAUUUAAAUUUACAUUUAACAGAAAGUUAUUUAAAAAAAAAAAAAAAAAAAUCAGUUUUAAUUGUUUAGUUAGUUUACUUGAAUCUCUCAAGAUUGUUAAAAUUUAUAUUAAACAGCCAUAUGAACAAAUAUGUUAGAAAACACACUGGCUUCUACAGGGUGUCCUCAUUUUUUCACAUGACUGUACGUUGCUACCAGUUUUCAAGAGGUUGGUUCACGAAUUACGGAAGAGUAGACUUUAGUGUUAUUUCACAAAUGAACUCUUAACUGCUGGUGAGGGUGGAUAACAAACCACAGUGACUCUAAAAAUGAACUACAACCCCUAGCCAAAAGUAUGGAAUCACCAGUCUUGGACGAGUACUCACUCAGACAUUUUAUCAUGUAGAACAAACUCUGAUAAAAAGCUUGAAAAAUAAUGAAUUAGUUCAAAAGUGCAACUGUUUAGCAUUCAGAAACACUAAAAGAAAUGAAUAGAAAAACAUUGUGGUGGUCAGUAAAUGUUACUUUUAUAGCGCAAAUGCAGAUUCUUGACUCUUGACAAGGUGAUGAUGCUGGAACUUUGGUUAGUGCUGUUCCAGUGAGAUUUACAAAGAUGACUGCCUGAAGAAAACAUCAAAAUUCCCUCAGUCCUUGAUGAUAUGGGGCUGGAUGUCAGGCAAAGGUACUAGCGGUGAUGGCUGUGGUUAAAUCUUCAAUAAAUACACAAGUUUACAUUUAAAUUUUUGACAGCUUUUUUAUCCCUUCAAUUGAAAAAAUGUUUGGGGAUAAUGAAAUCAUUUUCCAAGAUGACAAUGCAUCAUGCCACAGAGCUUAAACUGUUAAAGCAUUCCUUGGAGAAAGACUUAUCCAGUCAUUGUCAUAGCCUGCAAAUAGCCCAGAUCUCAACCCUAUUGAAAACCUGUGGUGGAAAUUGGGGAAAAAAAUGGUCCACAGCAAGGCGCCAACCUGCAAGGAUUAUCUGGCAACUGCAGUCAAAGAGAGUUGGCACUGAAUUGAUGAACAAUACUCAUCAAGUCCAUGCCUCAGAGACUGCAAGCUGUCAUAAAAGCCAGAGGUGUUGCUACUAAAUACGAGAGAUGUGUUUUGAUUGUUAUUUCCUUGUUUGUUUCUCAGGAUUCCAUAUUUUUUUCCUCAGAAUGGAGUGAUUCCAAUUUUUCUUAGUGUUUCUGAAUGCUAAAGAGUUGCACUUUUGAACUAAUUUUUUCCAAGCUUUUUAUCUGAUUUUGUUCUACAUGAUAAAAUGUCUGAGUGAGUGCUCGUCCGAGACUGGUGAUUCCAUAUUUUUUAUUAGGGGUUGUAUUUUUACAUUGACCACGCAGUAACUGCCAUAUUACCACUUAAACCGCUCAAGCUAAGGAAAUGCAUCAACAAACUUCCUACUGUAAUAAUAACAGCUUUUACAUUUUUCAAAAAUUAAAACUCUUUGGCCGCCAUUGACGAUGAUACACAUUCAAUCCAUUUGUACUUGGGCGAUUGAUCUCUGCAAAAACUGCCACAAUCCAAGUGGAUUGGACAUCUAUCACUGUCAAUGGCAGUGAAUGAGUUAAUAUUUGUGUGUGUGUGCUUAUUAGAUUGUUUGUGUGUGAAAUGCUUGUAUGUACAUGCAAUUGUACUAGUGUGAGCAUGUACAAGAUUGUAUGUUAAGAUUUGUAUGUGCUUGUUUGCUGCCCUGCCCACUUUUAGCGAUACAGGAAGUGACCUUGUAACAUUUUGCCCCACGUUCGAGAAAUGAAAUGGACCUUUUUCACCACAUUUCCUACGACGACUCUCGUAAAAAAAAUCUUCAAGCGAUUGUCAUUUUUUAAGAUGGACACUAGCCAGGAAUGUUCUGUACUCCUGUUUUUAUGGAAGAGAGGUCAGCGUGGAUGUAGCUCAGAAGUGAGUCGCUACUUCCUUCUGAAGCUGACCGACGCCCAAUUUCCUGUUGUUUGUACGCAAGCGGUGGAAGAAGAGGAGGAGGACGAUGGAAGAUGUCGACGGAACCUUCCAGACUCUCCGUGCCUUCGUGUUGACGCUCCCAAAAGCCGCCUUGUACCAUGUGAUCGACCACAUGUGUGUGCGCUGUUCGGGUGUAUUCUGUGUCCUAGAAAUGUGUAUCACGAGUAUAUCAUAAGACCGGACUUGUAUGUGUACCACGUGAGCAGACAUGCAUGGACACACGCCCACCGAGAAGAGCACAACACGAGCCUAGAUUUCCAUUUUUUUCUUGCACAAAUCUAGCUUUAAACGCAUUUCAGCUGAAAAUACAAUGGACGCCUGUUUAUUUAUUGAUGAGGAGUUGUGUCCCAGUGCUUUUAUCCAUAUCUUCCAGGAAAAAAAUGUUAACCUGAAUGUUUACUGCGCCUUAUUUUUGCUUUUUUCUGUAUUUUCUUUAAUAUAUUCACAGAAUUGACAUUGGAAUGACAUCUUUAUUUCACUUUUUUUUUUAGUUGGGGUCUGAAAAGUUUAAACUUUACAUACAGAACAAGUUUAAAAUAGGGGUGGGACUUUAAUGCUUUCAUUUGAAAUAGUUACAAAAGAAAUAAACUAGUUAAAAAAAUUUACUCAUGCAUGGGUUAAGUUCCAGUCACAUAACUUUUAAACAACCAAGUUUGUAGAUUUGUUCUCAACAUAUGUAGGGAUUAUAUAACAACAUGUACACUUUUUGCUGGGGCCGGGACAUUAGUCAGACCAAACAGAUUGGGUGAACGGGGGUCAGGGUUACAUUUCUCACGAAAAUGAACCUAACUACCGUAUUGGCCCGGAUAUAAGACGGCCCUGAUUAUAAGACGACCCCCACUUUUUCAAGACUCAAGUUUGAAAAAAGACUUUUUGAA